AACCUUGCUAUUAUAGAGUAUAUGGAAGUUUGUUAUCUGACAUCCUCAAUCUUUGAUAAGUAGAUCUGAUCUGAUAUAUAUAUCGUUCGGAUGAGAUUUCAAAUCUUCAAUAUUUGAUAAGUGAGAUUGAUAUAUUAUCAUUAGAUUAACAUUUUAGAUGUAAAAUAGUAUCUCUGAUGAGAUUUGUGACACAAAUUAUCAUCAUACAUCAACUAGUAGUGCAUGCUGAGUCGGAUAGGCCUAUCUAUUGAUACAACCGAGUUGGGUAGUAGGACUAUUCCAACCGCCACUGGUGUUCCAGUUGGGUUCGGUAGCGGGCGUUUUCCAAGUUGGAGUAGGAUUAAGAUUUGUCGUUGAUUUGAGCCUUCUUCCCUCUUUUUAUCUUGGCCCGAAGCCUGUCUUCCUAUCAACCCUCCUCCGUCCGCCGCCGCAGCAGCAGCAGCACGGAUUCAUGGAGCCUCCCCCGCCAAAGAAACGUCGGUUCGUCUUACACUCACCACCACAACAACCCCCUACCAUGAUUCCUCCCGUUCCAAACAUGCCUUCAUCGAUCUCUACAAUGCUCCCUCCCCUUCCUCCUCCCGCCAUUGACCCAAACCUCGUGUUCUACAAGACCCGACUGUGCCAGAAUUUUAGCACCAGGGGCGUCUGCCCCUACGGCCACCUCUGCAGGUUCGCCCACGGACCCGCCGACCUCCGCGAGCCGGUGCCCAACUGGCAGGAUAUCGCCGGGACGCACAAGACCAAAUUGUGCCGGAGCUUUGCCGCCGGUGCCUGCCCUUACGGCGACAGAUGCUUGUACUCGCACUCGCAUGCACGAGGGAGUGGCUCGGCCGUCAGACCGACGCUGCCUGCAGCGUCUGUAGCCAACGCCAGCCGAUCCGACGAGAGAUGCGUCUUCGCGCAUGGUUCUGCAGUGUUGAAGAAGACUCCGAUGAGCUUUGCGGAGGCAGCGAAGGAUUAUUCGGAAGAGGCUACGAGAAGCAGUACUCUUCCCAGAUCUGCAAACUCUCCGACCCACGUUGGGACAGGAACACCACCACCACCCAGCUCAGAACCAACAUUGAAGUGUUUCCCAAGGUUGCGGAGGAUAAAGAAGCUGAACCAUAUUUACGCAGACUGGAUCGAUUGAUAUCUCUCCCCACUUCGAAUGGGGACGUACAGUUGACGACGGAAAAAUUUUAGAUAUAAUUUUCUUUCUUUUUUAUGCAAUAUAGUUAGUUAUCUUAGGAUAAUUAAUUCAUA